AUGACUAUUUUUCCCUUAAUACAGGUGACUCACUGGCACAGUCCAUACUUUUUUGCCUACUUCCCUGCAGCCUCUUCCUUCCCAUCUCUUCUUGCAGAUAUGUUGUGUGGUGGAAUAGGAUGUGUGGGCUUCUCUUGGGCUUCAAGUCCAGCUUGCACAGAGCUGGAGACUGUCAUGCUGGAUUGGCUAGGGAAGAUGAUUAAUUUGCCUGACGAAUUUUUAGCUGGGAAGGAUGGCCAAGGUGGAGGAGUCAUUCAGGGAAGUGCAAGCGAGGCCACCCUGGUUUCACUGCUUGCUGCAAGAACAAAAACUAUCAGACGGGUGCAGUCAGAAAAGCCUGAGCUAACAGAAGCAGACAUCAUGGGCAGGCUGGUGGCCUAUGCUUCUGAUCAGGCUCAUUCAUCAGUGGAAAGGGCUGCGUUAAUUGGUGGUGUGAAGAUUAAAAAUGUUUCUUCAGAUGAUACGUUUAGUGUUUGUGGUUCAGCCUUGAAGAAAAUUUUGGAUGAAGACAAAGCUUCUGGUCUUAUUCCAUUCUUUUUCUGUGCAACGCUUGGAACCACACCUUGCUGCUCCUUUGACAAACUGUUAGAACUGGGUCCUAUUUGUAAUAAGGAAAAUAUCUGGAUGCAUAUUGAUGCAGCUUAUGCUGGGAGCGCAUUCAUCUGCCCUGAAUUCAGGCAUCUUUUAAAUGGAGUGGAGUUUGCAGAUUCAUUUAACUUUAAUCCUCACAAAUGGCUCCUAGUGAAUUUUGACUGCUCUGCUAUGUGGGUGAAAAAAAGAUCAGAUUUAACAGGUGCCUUUAAAUUAGAACCUCUUUACCUGCAGCAUCACCAUCAGGAGUCUGGCCUUGUAACAGAUUAUCGGCACUGGCAAAUCCCCCUGGGGAGGAGGUUCCGCUCCCUGAAGCUCUGGUUCGUGCUGAGGAUGUACGGGGUCAGGGGACUGCAGGAGCACAUCCGCAAGCACGUCAGGCUGUCACAUCAAUUUGAACAUUUAGUCCUUCAGGAUGAAAGAUUUGAGAUUUGUGCUGAGGUUGUCUUGGGACUAGUCUGUUUUCGACUGAAGGGCUCGAAUGAACUAAAUAAGGCGCUUCUUAAAAGUAUAACGGAGGCCAAGAAGAUUCAUCUGGUCCCGUGCCACCUGCGAGAGAAGUUUGUGCUACGUUUUGCAAUUUGUUCCCGCACAGUGGAGUCCACCCACGUCAAGUUUGCCUGGCAGCACAUCUCACAGCUGGCAACUGAUCUGCUGAAAACAUGGGAGCAAAACCAUCACCAGCAGAAACAGCAGUGAAGUAGCAGUGGGGAGGAGGUAAUUAACUGGCUUUUUCUGUGUUGCCAAGUUUUAUUUUAGGGGCAGGGGGGAAUGUCAAAUUACGAAGGAAAAAAAAAACAAAACCAAAACCUGUUGUUAUAUAGCCCAGCUGCAGUAGCAAAAUCCUUGCCAGUAAUUUGUCUUGUAAUCUUAGUCAUUCUUUCUCUGUCCUCUAGUUUCAUCUUG